AUGGAGAGACAGUUUUUGUUUCCUAAGUAUCCUCAAAUGGAGCCCCAAAAUGUGUGCUUUCAAAAAUAUCUGUCGGAUAGGGAUGUCUAUGGCAACCUGGAAAUUCCCAACGGGACAGAUAAUUUGCCGGACGGAAAUGAGAUUAUGCGUGUUACUGACCGAGACGGAACUACGUACGAAUUCAUAGCCUCUGUAAGGGCAAAUGGACGGCGUUCUCUGACACGUCAUUGGCGAUCGUUCGCAGUGGAUAAGGGUCUUCGAACAGGUGAGUUAUUACGGAUUUAUCGGUUAAAUGGAAAUGGAAAUGAUUAUGCCGUGCAGGUUGGCCUUGAAUUUCAUGGAUUGUACAUACUGUGGGAAACUAUGUAA